CGUCCGUUGGUUGUGUCGCUGCGUGCAUAUCGCGAAUAAUAAGAUAAAAAGUCAUUCGUGAAAGUGUCGUCCGCGGUUUCGCGCUGUUUCUCUCGGCCAGUCUCCAUCUCCGUCCACCCUCUCCGCGCUCAUCAUCCGUUCCUACGACGUCCUACGUUCCUUCCCUGCUUCCUUUUCCAUCUCUGUCCGUCAGCUGAACGUCCGCAUCGUGGCGAAAACGGUGUGAAAGUGAUCAGAGAAGAAGAGAAGGAGAGAGAGAGAGAGAGAGCGAGCAAGAAGAAUCGAUGUGCUUUGGAAGCCUCAAUAAUGAAUGAGUUACACAAACGAUCUAUCGGGGAGCGAAGGCUAAGGAGAUACGCCAAAGCUGAAGCUGAGAAGGUAUUCGCUAAUAUAUUAGAAGAUGAUGAGGACAUUUUAAACGCGAUUACAGCAAAUAGUAUUAUAAAUUCACAUGAGACUCAAGAUAUCUCUCAAGAUUCUAUUAAUAAUAUUAGUGAAUCUGCACAUAGCAAUGAAAAUUUACAGCUUUCAAGGCAAAUAAAUGAUGGUAAUAAUAGUGAAUACGUUUAUAUGAGACAUGAUCUGUUAGCAAAUAUUGAAUCAGAUAGUAACUCAAGUGAUGAAGAUGAAGAAGACAAUGAUGAGGAUGAACAGGUGAAUUUCAGGCAAUGGCUAAGAGAAUGGAACUUAAAACACAAUAUUACAGUAGAAGCGUGCAGAGAACUUCUUGCAAAACUAAAACUAUAUCAUCCAGAAUUGCCCUUAGAUCCGCGGACUCUCAAUAAGACGCCUAGAGCAACAUCAAUUGUAGAAUUCGGCAACGGUUCCUAUGUCCAUGUUGGAUUAAUACCAGGACUUGAAAGACGCCUACAAAAUUGUGGACUGAAAAAUUUUGGCACAAACAAAAUAGGAUUAGAUGUUAAUGUUGAUGGAAUAAAUAUGACCAAAAGCUGUGUCACUGAUGUGUGGCCUAUUUUAUGUAGGUCCUUGGAUUUAAUUGAUGACAGACCGUUUGUUGUCGGAAUUUUUGUGGGAUCAGGUAAACCAGACAAUGUAAAUAAGUAUUUGCAAGACUUUAUUUUAGAGGUAUUAAAAUUAAAAAGUGAUGGUCUGGUUUUAAAUGGUGUGAUGCAUGAAGUUUAUAUCAGAUGUUUUAUUUGCGAUGCUCCUGCAAGACAGUAUCUAAAAUGUAUUGUGGGUCAUGGAGCAUAUCAUGCAUGUGAGAGAUGUACUCAAUCUGGAGAAUAUGAAUUUCAUAGAAUGUGUUAUUCCACUGAGACGCACACACCACGUAGUGAUGAAGACUUUGUGAAUCAGUCGGAUCCUGAGCAUCACACUGGAAUAUCCCCUCUUUUAAUUAUACCUGUAAGAAUGGUAACAGAAUUUGUUCUGGAUCCUUUUCAUUUGGUGUUAGAAGGCGUCACGAAAAGAUUUAUGACAUUUAUUUUAAAAGGAACAAAAUCAGGAAUGCGCCUCACAGCAACAGAGAUUGCUGAAAUUGCUGAGAGAAUGAAGAACUUACGUGCUCAUAUUCCAUCAGAAUUUGCUCGUAAACCAAGAAAAAUGGGACUAAACGAGCUUGGAAAAUGGAAAGGAACAGAAUGGAGAUUAUUCCUUUUCUACGUUGGCUGCGUCGUUCUCAAUGAUAUUCUAUCUCCCACUCUAUACAAUUUAUUUUUAAUGUUGCAAUGCGCAAUGAUUAUUUUGUCUACACCACGCUUCAGUAGAAAUGAGUCAUACGUACAUUUUGCUCAGGAACUGAUAAAUAAUUUUGUUAAAAUGUGUGCACAUAGAGGAGUAUUUGAUAAAAAAUUCAUUGUUUAUAAUGUUCAUAAUCUCCUCCAUUUGUGCGAUGAUGUGAAAAACUUUGGUGUGCUAACUGAUUACAGUGCAUUUCCUUUUGAAAGUUACUUAGGACAAUUAAAAAAAUUACUGCGAGCACCAAGCAAUCCUCUGCAACAGCUUACAAGAAGGUUAGCUGAGAGAGAUUACCUAUAUGAAUACUCGCAAAAAUCAAGCGAGUUUACACCAGGAAGACAAGUGCUUGGAAAAAAUGAAUAUAAAAUUCUUUCAUCCUCUUCAUUCACCUUGAGUACCGUCCAUAAACGAGACAGUUACUUUCUAUAUGAGGAAAGCAUUGCUACUGCCAAAUCUAUACAGAAACUUCAAAAUGGAAACAUUGUCAUUAUUGCUGACAUUUGUGAUAUAAAAGAAAAUUAUUUUACUUAUCCAUGUGAAUCUAGUAAGCUUGGUAUUUACAAUCUUGGAGAAAUGUCCUGGAAUCGUCGGAAUGUUAUUGUGCCAAUUGAAGUUGUAAAGACAAAAUAUACGAUCCUACCCUGCAAUACAAAUAUGAUAGCUAUCCCGAUGCUACAUUCAUUUUAAAAGAAAAAAUAUGCUAUUGCCGAUCUUAUUAAUACCAUAAACGGCGAAUCAUUUGUUGAAGUAAGUGUUGUUGCCUGGAAUUGGAUCAGUG